AUGAUAAAUGAAGCAAAUCUCUUUUGGAAUUAAGACCACUAAGUCAAUUUUGGAGCUGAAAACUCCUAUUUAGAUUAAACACUCAUAAUUACAGAGAACUUUAUGCCUAUGCUUCCUAGAGCAAUCAAAGAAGGACAUGCAAUCUGUUGGUUUUUAUGCUUCUAUUAUCUAAUCAAACUAUUUUUUACUCUAUCCUAAUAUUAAGAAAUAGCGGAACCUACAUUCAGUAUACUCAUCUUAGUGAUGGGUUUACACGAUGUGAUUAACAUGCUUCACUAUUUAAUAAUUGGGUAUGCAAAUCUCUAUAAUAAUUAGAAUUCUGACAUAAUAUAUAGGUAUUAUUGAUGUAUAGAACUUCAAUAGAUAAUUUAAUGUACUCUCUCUGAACUCUUCCAUUACCUAAAUAAUCAUUUAAGAAUUUGUAAGUUAUUAUCGUCCUGUGAACGGACUUCUCAUCAUAGAUAUUAUUGAAAAAAAAUCCUUCUAUUUCAAUUGUAUUACCAUUAAAUUAUUACACUACUUCAUUUCUGUCUAUACUUUAGUCACUAUAAUAUUUAUUUCCACAGAUAUCCCCAUGCUUAUUCAACUAUAUAUUGUACUCUUAAUUAUUUAUUGGUUUAUUCCGGUGCUUAUGUGCUUUGUUUGGCCAUUUGUAAUGUUAUGGUUUAUAGUACUAAGACAAGAAUUAAAUUAUUAAUAAAAUAGGAACAUGAUUAUCAGUUUCUAUGAUCAAUUACAAAACAUUAAAUUUAGAAUUCUUAAAGAAAAACAUCCUUCAUUGUAAUAAAAUGAUUGGUAUUUUAUUUAAAUUACUUUAGUCCCAUUUGUUAUUAACAAAUAAAUGAAUCUCACAGUGUUAUUCAAAUGCCUUGCCAUCAAGAACAUUACUUUCAUGCUGAAUGUUGUAGAUAAUGGCUUGGGAGAGAUCCACGUUGUCCAUUGUGUCGAGUAGGAUUAGAGUAGUAACCUAAAGAUGUGGCAUUACUUGAAUUCAUUUGA